AUGGUGAAGAAGGGCAUGCUCCUGAAAAGAAUUCAUGAGUUUGAUGACAGACCAGAGUUUUUCGGUUCUUGGAAAAACACGUUUUUGAACAUUGUUCAUGAACUUGAUCUAAGUCCAGCAGAAGAAGUUGAUCUACUUGUGCAGUAUUUAGGACCAGAGUCGAAGAAAGCAGCUAUAAGUAUUCAGUCCGCAAACUACAGCGACGCACGCCGAGCAAAAGAAAGGAUCUGGCGCAGAUUGAAUGAACGAUAUGCUAGACCGGAAUUGGUGGAAUCUUCUAUCAAACAGAAGCUAAUGUGCUUUCCCAAAAUCACAGUUAAGGAAGUGAAGAAGUUACAUGACCUUGUAGACAUUGUUGUAGAAAUUGAUUCUUUGAAGAAUGAUAAACAGUACUCUAGUCUUUUUGCUUCCUAUGACUCUUCAGCUGGAGUGAAUUUAAUUGUGAAUAAGCUUCCGUAUCAGUUACAAGAAAAGUGGACCAAUGACGCGAGCAGAUACAAAGAGCAACACAACCUGGCUUUUCCACCAUUCCAUUUCUUUGCAAGCUUCUUGGAGAGAAUGGGUCACCUUGCUAAAGACUGUCGCUCAACUGUAGUGUGUAGUGUAUGUAAGGGAACCAACCACCCAGCAGCGUUGCAUGAAAACAAACUUGCCACCAGUGAUCAAGAUUUUGACAAAAACAAUCCUGCGCGGAUGAAGACUGAAGAAGUAACAUCAGCAUGUACUUUGUUAUGUGGACGGGCUGGUGCAAGCAAAUCAUGUGCAAAAACAGUAUUAGUAAAAGUCUACCCCAGGGGAAAUCCAGAGAAGGCCAUUUCUGUGUACGCUAUUAUAGAUGAGCAGAGUAAUCGCUCACUAGCAAGGUCAGCAUUCUUGAACUCUUUUGGUAUCCCUGGACCUGAAACGCCUUACACUUUAUCAUCGUGCUCAGGAAAUACAACAGAGUAUGGCAGAAGAUGUUCGAACUUAACUAUAGAAUCCUUUGACUCAAGCUAUACGAUUGAUCUACCUACGCUCAUAGAGUGUGACCAUAUACCAAACAUAAGGGAUGAAAUACCAUCUCCAAAAGUAGCUGAAGCUUACAGUCAUUUAAAAGACAUUGCCGAGUUCAUUCCCCCUGUUCAGGAAAGUGCAGAGAUAUUGCUGCUCAUUGGAAGAGACCUGCUGCCCGCCCAUCAUGUCUUAGAACAACGCAUUGGACCUAUGCAUGCGCCGUUUGUACAAAGGUUGCGGCUGGGCUGGGUGAUUAUCGGCAACAUCUGUCUUGGUACAGCUCAUCAGCAAAACACUAUCUCAGUAAUGAAGACCUCUACACUGAAGGAUGGAAGGACUAUUCUACUUGAGCCAUGUCACAAUAGCAUUCAUGUUGAAGAAAAUUGUGUUUUCUCAAGAACAAGUGAGGACAAUUUACUUGGACUUUCUAUAAACGACAAAGAUUUCUUACAUCUCAUGGAGACAGAAAUGUAUAAGGCUCCUGAUGGAUCCUGGACAGCUCCUCUACCCUUUAGAAGAAAUCGUAAACAUUUACCUAAUAACAAGUCCCAGACCCUAAGAAGAGCCCAUUCCCUGGAUGUCAGCUUAAGGAAGAACCCUGAAAAGAUGGAACAUGUUAUCGCAUUCAUGAGGAAAAUACUUGAAAACGGACAUGCUGAACCAGCACAACACUUAGACUCUCAUGCAGAAUGCUGGUAUUUACCACUUUUUGCAGUGUAUCUUCCGAAGAAACCAGGAAGCGUUAGAUGUGUUUUUGACUCUUCAGCUAAAUAUGAAGGGAUUAGCCUCAAUGAUGUAUUAUUAACAAGAGCAGAUCUUGUUAACUCUCUGUUAGGAAUACUCUUGAGAUUCCGGCAACAUCCUGUUGCUGUUACUGCUGACAUAGAACAAAUGUUCUAUCGUUUUUCAGUUCCAGAGAAACAUAGAGACUUCUUAAGAUUUAUGUGGUAUAAAGACAAUGACCCAAGUCAAGACCUGAUUGAAUAUAGAAUGACUAGACACGUGUUUGGUAACAGCCCAUCGCCCGCUGUUGCUACAUUUGGACUUCGGAAAUGUGUCAAUGAGACAGAUGAUGAUGUGAAGAACUUUGUUGAAAGAAAUUGUUAUGUGGAUGAUGGCUUAAUGUCAUAUGACGGCAGUGAAGAAGCUGUAGACCUAUUGUGUUGCACACAGAAAACUCUCAAGAAAGAGGGAAAUAUUCGUCUCCACAAGAUUUCAUCAAAUUGUCUGGAUGUGAUUAAAUCUUUCCCAGUAGAAGAUCUAGCCAAAGAGGUGACGGGCAUCAAACUUGAUCUAAUUGAAGCACCACUUCAAAGCUUAGGAGUCAGUUGGGACAUCUCCAAAGACUCGUUUACAUUUCAAUUCUCUAGUACCAAGAGGUCAUUUACAAAAAGGGGUGUCCUCGCAACAAUCAAUGGACUAUAUGACCCGAUUGGAUUUGUGGCUCCAGUCACAAUUCAAGGCAAGUUUAUCUUACAGGAUCUGAUGUCAUCCUCAACUGACUGGGAUGAACCGCUUCCACAAACAUUGAAGUCCUACUGGAGCAACUGGGUGGAAUCCCUUCCUGAAUUACAAUCUAUUCUUAUACCCAGAUGUUACAUCAACUUACCUUCAUCAGAUGUGAAACGUAGAGAACUCCACAUCUUUUCUGAUGCUUCGCAUAGAGAGCUAUUAGUGCAGUCGCAUAUCUGA